AUAACUUUAUAAAAUAUGAGGCAUAGGGUGUAAUUUCCUCCCUCUUAAUAAUAAAAAACCCAACCCAUUAUAAGAAGAGCUGUGUUUGAAGGUAUUGGUAAUGAAGGAGUACUAGCAGCAGCUUGGCGCCCAAAAAUCUCGCUGCUUUUGAAUCCACAACCCCUAAUACAAUUACUCAACAGUUAAGGGGACUACAAAAUGAAUUUACAUUAUGCAAUGCGAGAGUGGGUAAAAGCUAAUCCCUGGAAUCGGGAGUCUCGUGAAGAUAUGAAGAGAAACUCUAAACUUUUGUCGAAUAAUUUGAGUUAUGAUCUCAAGAUGGUUGCUCUGAAAGCAUCUGUAUCAGUUGUUGGCAUCGUUUCUUAUUCAGGUAAGUUCCACAAUUUUCCUUUUGUUUUAAAAUGCAUUUUACAUGUCUCUAUGUACUUUAACUUUUGGUCUAUAAUCUUCAAUUCCAUACAAGAUGAGAGAGAGAUAUUGGAAGGUUCUGGAUUUGUCAUAGAAUCCCUCAACAUUGAUGGUAAAUUUUGUAAUACCAUUUUAACUACCGCCAGUAUCUUAAGACCUGAACCUCAUAUAAAUUCUGUAGCGAACGGUAUCAAGAUUGCAGUGAUUCAGUCUCCUGGUAUAGCAUGUGAUGGUGAUAUAAUAGGAUAUGACUUCCAUUAUAAUAUUGCUGCUAUAAAGUUUCGAACAAGAAUGUCAAUUUCACCAGUAAGGCUGCGAGAUGUAGAUGAUUCUAUCAGCAUUGAUCCAAACUUGCUGGAUGAGAAACCACCCGAAUACCAUCCUCAGACUUUCAAGUUUAAUUUAACACUUGGGGAUACAGUAUUAGCUCUUGGUCGCAAUCAUGAUAAAGAAUAUACUGUUAUGGUUGUUGGUGGAAAAUUCAGCAUUGAAUACACCGGAUUGGAUUGCAAAGAGCUUCUCAGGGCAGAAUUUAUAAUUUCUAGAUAUGGCAUUGGGGGACCAAUUAUCAAUUGCUACGGAGAGGUAAUUGGAAUAAACUUUUAUCAUCCUUAUUGUACACCUUUUCUACCCAUCAAUAUAGUUUCAAGGUGGUGGGAUGAACUUAAGAAAAGCAGACAAUAUCUUCUACCUUGGCAUGGAAUAAAGUUGUCCAACCUUUAUGUGGAAAGUGCACGUUAUUUGGAAUUUGUGAGACAAAAGUUUCCAAAUAUCUUUAAAGGUGUUGUUGUUAGAGAGGUUUCAUCAAAGUCAACUGCUUAUUAUACCGGAAUAGUGCCAACUGAUGUCAUUGUUGAAUGUGAUGGAAAAUGUGUUGAGACUGUUUUGGAGGACCCCUAACCAGCUGAUCCAAGGGUCCAGAACUAAAUUCAAAAUUGACCCAAGAACGAACCGAACCUCCCCCAAGAAUAGAGUGUUGUCCAAACCAUACACAGCCCAUGCACACACACCAGUCAAUCAAACGAGCUAAGAACACGACAAUCCUUCAAGAACGCCCUGCAACACACAGAUCCUAAGUUGGAUUCCACAUUCGGAUUACCAGAAAACGAGCCACAGACUCAAAACGGUACUCCUGAGGACCCAAUUUCAAUAUCAUUCACACUUAUGCAUUCAUUACAUUAUUUUUUUGUUUUAAUGUAUUUAAAAUGUUUUAGCAAUUUAUAUGUUGUUUUACUGUAAACUGCCUGAAAAUUGCCUUACAACUGCCUCCAGAUUCAUAUUUGACUUUGAUUCAAUAUUUUCCUGA